AUGUCACAUCGACAGAUCGGUUUCGACGACGAGCGUCGUCGCUCUGUUCCCUACUCAGCAGGAGACAACUUAAGAGCUGAUACAUAUCGACCAAAUGAACCCAAAGACCGCGGUAGGGAAAGCGAUCGGGAUCGAUAUAAGGACGGAAACCGCGACUACGCGCGUGACCGCGAUCGGCGUGAUGACAGACGUGUCGACCGCCAACCUGAGCAGAGCCCGCGUCGCACCCUUUCCACAGAUCAAGGCAAGAACGACGACUCUCGGCCAAGAAGCCUGCCCCUGUCAAAAAUUGAUACGUCGGGUUUGAACGCAACCAAGGGACCUCGUACCCCUCGAACUCCGUCGUCUUUGUCCGGCAAUGCGUCACCAGCUGUCUCUCGUGGUAGUCAAGCACCUACAGCGAGUUCAUCGACCCACACAACAGACACCUCUAAGCCAGCUGCGUCCCGUCCUUCUAGUCCAAGCAACAGCACCAUGCCGGCCCCAAAAGCAAUAUGCCCGGAACAACAGCCAGCCAUAGAUGCCAUGCACAAGGUUGUCGAUAGCUUGUUCUGGAGAUACAAGUAUCAACUCGAGUAUCACAACAAGGGCAAGGAGAUUGAAGCACGAGACCAGGAAUUGAAGAAACUCAAGGCCGAAUUCCCGUAUCAACCACUAAAGUUUCAACAAGGAGUAAAAGAGCGCAUAGUUGCGGAACGGGGCGAUGUUCACGCAAAGUUCAAGCAGGUGGAUUCCAAAAUGUCGUCAUAUUUGAGGACAACAAUCGCUGAGAUUGCCGGGCUCGUCAAUCGUCAGCCAACAUCCACCAUCACUGAGCCUGAGAGGCAAGUGCCCCAAUUUUCAGAUCCUGCUCCUUUGAUUGCUUCCAUGGAGGAAAGAUUCUCCGCUUUAGAGAAACGUUGCGCAGAGUCUCAGACCGCGGCCAAUGAAGUGAUUGCGGCACUCCAGAGAGAACGAGCGGAUACCGACCAAAAGAUCAAGCACUUGACGGAUGGCCAAGCCACUGCCGAAAAGGAGAUGGAGGAGUUGAAAAACGGUCGAGCCGCGGCUGAACAAGAGGUCAAGGAUCUAAAGGCUCUUCUUACAACGAUUUCCAAGAAGGAUCCAAUAGACAAUGAUGCCAGGAAAGAGACCAAGGAUGUCAAGAGACUUCUCGACGAGUCCAUCGAAACCCUUCGCAAGUCUAUUGAAGCUAUCCAGCAGGAGAUGACACAGAACUUCAAGUCGGCAAAAGAGCAAAGGGCAAAUUUUGAAAAAGAGCUGCGAGAUGGCAUUGCCAGUUUGCAAGAUCGAGCUUCUUCACUAGAGAGCCUCACCGAUGAAAUUACUCACGUCAAGGGCCUAGAGACCAAGCUCAACCAAAGCGUGGCGAUCCUUGAAACCCGCCUGGAUAUCCAAGGCCAGGCUCUUAGCAAGUGUGAAGAUUCGUCUCGAACCAUCAACAACCUGACUUCGGAGGUUUCGAAACUUGGUACCAUGAUGGGGGGUCUGCAAGAGACCUUCAAUGAUAUGGAUCACGAACGAAUUGAUGAGAUUCUCGAUGAUUGGACCACCCACAAUCUCAAGCAGAUGAUCUUGGAUUCCAUGAGUUCUGUCAAAGCUUUACAAACUGACGUUGGCUUACUGAAGACGUCAAAGCCACAGGGAAGCUGGCCUCAUGAUGAAGAGAGCAAAGAUUCCCGUCAGCCGUCAGUGAGCCAUGUUCGAAAAGCUCCCUCGAUGAAUAUGGACGGCACGGAAGGCAGCAUAGUGGAUGAGAUCCGCCAAGAACUAUCAUCUCUGAAGGAAGAAGUGGGAGCCUUGCGGAAAUCAAUCUCCGAGGGAGAGAAAUCGCUCUUGGAAAAGGUUCAGAGCACAGUAGUGCAAGGCAGUGAGAUGAUGGCGGGCGAAAUCGACGGCAUUGAUGGUCGUACAAAAGACUUGGCCACUCGCGUUGGAAUUCUGGAGUCUAAAGGCAUCCAAGCUAGGACCCCGGCGCCUACACCUCAGCUUGACUCUCGCGUCAGUCCCGUCACCAUCGAUUCUCACCUUUCCAACAGGAUCAAGGCCAUUGAGGAUGCAGACCUGGUGACGAGUUUAAACAAUGUGACCGAGAAGCUUGACCAAUACUGCCAGUUAUUUGACCUAAGUCAAAGACAAGCUGGUAUUGAGGAAAUCAACAGGGUGAAGAUCGCUUGCCAGAAUCUGAGCAACACGAUGAGAGAGCAGAAUAGUUCAGUACGGGGCCAACUCGACCAGCAAGAGCUACAGCUGCAGAAUCUUAAUGCUCAUUUCAACAACAUGAAUACUCGAGGAAUGGCACAAACAAUUCUCAGUCAACUCGAUGCCUACACCACAAGGUUCAGUCCUCAGUUUGAUUUGGUCCACGCCAGACUCGACCGGAUGGAGGGGCGAUUCGAUACAUAUGCUCGUCGAUUCCAGUCUGAUCCCAAUGGUCAGGACCCAUCCAACAAGAGGCCAUCAGUAACUCUUGAGUCUGAUGCGGCAAACAAGAGAAGACGAGUGGCAAGUGGUAGUCCUGCCUUUGGCACUCCUGCCUAUGCCUCUUUUUCUGGUCCUGGUUCCGGCUUAGCACCACAACAGCAAAUGCCACAGCCAAUGCCACAGCCAAUGCCGCAGCAAAUACCGCAGCAAAUACCGCAGCAAAUGCCACAACCAAUGCCACAACAAAUCCAACCGCGGCAUAUACUGCCGCAGCAGAUACAACAGAUGCCCACACAAUCUCGAUAA